AAUACAUAUCAGAAGAAACAUUAGUACUCUGCCCAGCCGCCCCUUUGCCCAGCCCGCCGGGCGUAAACGCAGUGGUUUGUAUCUCUCUCACACAAGCUGUGCAAUUCUCGCGGUUACUAAUCUCAUUGGCAGCACAAUCCUCAAUCCUCGUUUCUACACUUGGAAUCACUCAUUAACACUCGAUUUUGAUUGAUGUGAUUAAAUUAUGGAGAAUUCCCAAGAUCAACAAGGAACCCUCUCUUCUCAAACCCUUGUUAAUGCUACUCAAUGCUCUCAGUCUCUGCUACCAUUUAACAUUGAUGCUGCCGCUCAGGAUGCUGUUUUGCGCGAACAAGAACUUGCUACCCAAAAUAUCAUAAGGACCCAGAGAGAGGUGACAACUACCACAUCACCUUCCAAAGAUAAUUUUGACAUAUUCUCUGUCCGUCAUCACCCCAAUGCUUUGAAGGAACAUCUCUUGAAUAUGGCCACUGAGCAUAGGUCUGAAAUCACUCUUAAACGUGGAAAACCUGCACUUCCACAAGUCAACACAGAAAUAGGCAAUGGAUAUGGUGUACCUGGUGGAGGUGCCUAUAAUGAUAUUCCCAAGCUUAACACUGAUCCUGAUAACAGUGCAUUCAGUCUGCCCGAAUCUAAACUUGAUAGAUAUUCAGAGCAGACAUCUGCAGGUAAAGAAUUGCCUGAGUUCCUCAAGCAGAAGUUAAGAGCUCGGGGUAUUCUUAAAGAUGAUAUACAUACCAAAGAUAUUAAAGGUACUUCAGCUGAACUUAGGGGAAAUGAAAACUUGCCUUCAGGAUGGUUUGUCAUGAAGGUGGAAGCAAAAGAUCCGGGGAGUGGUGCAUUUUACUAUUAUAAUGAAAGUACCGGGAAGAGUCAAUGGGCAAAACCUUGCGAAGCAUCCUUAACUGAGCAAUCAACACCGUCUUUGAAUCUUCCGGAAAAUUGGGUGGAAGCAUUGGACGAAACAUCAGGUCACAAGUAUUACUAUAAUACAAAAACUCACGUAUCACAAUGGAAGCAUCCAAAUUCUGCUCAGGAAAUUGUGUCAGAUAAAUUGGCCUUGUCAGUUGGUCACGUAGAUGACCAAUCAUCUAAUUUAAAGAGGUGCAUGGGCUGUGGUGGUUGGGGUGUAGGCCUUGUGCAAGCAUGGGGUUCAUGCGAUCACUGCACGAGUGUUUUCAAUCUUCCACAAUGUCAGUAUUUGUCCUCAAGUUUGAAUAAUCAGCAAUGCAGUGCUGCACAUCCCACUGAAAGUUCUGAUAAAACUGCUACCAAGCAGAGGGCCAGUUGGAAACCUCCAUUUGAUAAAGGAAAUAAAAAAAUGAGCAAGAAGCGCGCUCAUGAAGAGGAUGAUGAGUUGGAUCCUAUGGACCCCAGCUCCUAUUCAGAUGCUCCUCGUGGUGGCUGGGUGGUGGGUCUGAAAGGUGUGCAGCCAAGAGCAGCUGACACAACAGCAACUGGUCCUCUGUUUCAACAACGACCAUAUCCAUCACCCGGAGCUGUUUUACGAAAGAAUGCUGAAAUUGCCUCCCAGAAAAAGAAACCAAAUUCAAAUUUUAUUGCCAUAUCCAAGAGAGGCGAUGGGAGUGAUGGGCUUGGUGAUGCAGACUAAUACCAUCUUUAUCACCUUUGUCGUGUUAUUUGUAAGUUAGCUAAGGAUGCAUUUUGUUGUGAAAACCAGCUUUGCUGCUGUGCAAUAAUAUUCUGUGGUUUUUACCGGAAAGUAUCGAUUUGAUGCACGACUGGACAGAAGAUAUCUCUGUAACACAUAACUGGUGUUGAUAAACUUGAAAGCCUUCUGGCAAGUGAUGGUAAAACUUGCACUUAGCUUGGUAAUUCACGAGCUGACCUGAGAAGUUCAAGAGGACCUCAAGAUUGGGAAAGAAAGCACCUUUCAGAAUUUUCAAUGCUCUUUUCUUUUUGUUAAUCUUUGGAUUUUCCUGUUAAUCAUAUUUAUUCAAGAAAUAUAUUAUCAUGUAGAUGCAGUCCUGGCCUUUUUUGCCUUCUUGACAUAACUCUCUGGGAAUUUGGGGAGCUUUUGGUUAUGGAUCUUGAGGGAUUUCAUAUUUUUAUUAUUAUAUGUGUUAUGUCUCUUAUUUCAAGAACA